UCCAAGAAGGGAGCAUGGACCAGCCCAGUGGAAGGAGUUUCAUGCAAGUUCUUUGUGAGAAAUACAGCCCUGAGAACUUCCCAUAUCGUCGUGGACCUGGUAUGGGGGUGCACGUCCCAGCAACUCCACAGGGUUCACCUAUGAAAGAUCGCCUCAACCUUCCGAGCGUGCUGGUACUGAACAGCUGUGGCAUAACCUGUGCAGGGGAUGAGAAUGAAAUCGCUGCCUUCUGUGCUCAUGUGUCUGAGCUAGAUCUUUCUGACAAUAAACUGGAAGACUGGCAUGAGGUCAGUAAAAUUGUGUCCAACGUUCCCCACUUGGAGUUUCUAAACUUGAGUUCCAACCCUCUCAGUUUGUCCGUUUUAGAGCGAAGGUGUGCUGGCUCUUUCGCUGGGGUUCGCAAACUUGUGCUCAACAACAGCAAAGCUUCCUGGGAGACAGUCCACACAAUCCUGCAGGAGUUACCAGACUUGGAGGAGCUCUUUCUGUGCCUUAAUGACUAUGAAACAGUGUCUUGUUCUCCGGUUUGCUGUCAGUCUCUCAAAUUACUCCACAUAACUGAUAACAACCUUCAAGACUGGACUGAAAUUCGAAAACUGGGAAUUAUGUUUCCAUCACUGGACACGCUUAUCCUGGCUAACAACAACCUCACAACCAUUGAAGAGUCAGAGGAUUCCCUAGCAAGGCUGUUCCCCAACCUGCGAUCCAUCAAUUUGCACAAGUCAGGUCUGCAUUGCUGGGAAGACAUUGACAAGUUAAAUUCUUUUCCCAAGCUCGAGGAAGUGAAAUUGCUAGGAAUCCCUUUGCUGCAGUCCUACACCACUGAGGAACGCAGGAAGCUGCUAAUAGCCAGGUUGCCAUCUAUCGUCAAGCUCAAUGGAAGCAUCGUUGCCGAUGGGGAGCGAGAGGACUCGGAGCGAUUCUUCAUCCGGUAUUACAUGGAAUUCCCAGAGGAGGAAGUCCCAUUCAGGUAUCACGAGCUGGUCACGAAGUACGGGAAGCUGGAGCCCUUGGCAGUGGUGGAUCUUCGGCCACAGAGCAGCGUGAAGGUGGAGAUUCACUUCCAGGAUAAGGUGGAAGAGAUGUCGAUCCGUCUGGAUCAGACUGUGGCAGAAUUGAAGAAGCACUUAAAAACUGUCGUGCAGUUGUCAACAAGCAACAUGCUGCUCUUCUACUUGGACCAGGAAGCUCCCUUUGGUCCCGAGGAGAUGAAAUACAGCUCGCGAGCACUGCAUUCCUACGGCAUUCGGGAUGGAGAUAAAAUUUACGUGGAGCCCAGAAUUAAAUAGCCUCUUUCGGGUGCACACACGUGCCCCCCCACACCCACACACAUGCAUUAAGGAGUUUUGGCAAGGUUUUUGUUUCGGUUGGUUGGUUGAGGUUUGGUUGUGUUUCUUUAGCAGGUGAUUUCUUAGCCCAGAGGACGUGCCCUGAUCUGAAAACCAUGCCUGCCAUCCACUGCAGGUGACCUUGAGGUGACAGUUGACUUCAGUGCGUGUGUUUCAGUGUGUGCAAUACCUUGAUGUUUCCUUUGAUGCUCCGGUAUACUCGUGAUUUGGCAUGAAUGGUCACUUCUUCAAGCUAAAGGGUGCUAGGGUCCAUAAGGGAGAUGAUAGCUUGGUGCAGAAUUUCACCUGUUGUUUUCUCUGUCUAAAUUGUUAGGGUUUGGGCUCCACCAGAACACCCUAUGGCCUAGCUAUCCAACUGUGGCUCGAGCUUGCUCAAGUAUCUGUUUGCAGCUAGGUGCUGUCUCAACCUUUUGUUACGCUCGAGUUCAGUGACAAGAUCUAAAACAGUAUUGCGCUUGAUUCAGAGCUCAGGUACUUAGUGCAUCCACUUAAUUCCACUGGAUUGGGUUAGAUGAGUGCACAAAAUGGGGAGAGAAAGAGACCCUUAUUAGAAAGAAACAAUUUAUUUUCAAAAUGCACACUUUAUAUCCAUACUGUCCUGAUUUUUUUGGGGGAAAAAAAAAAAAGUAUUGAUUUCUCUCCUGGGAGAGAGUAAGGGGAAAGAUGAAGUUUGUGUUUGUUGCUGUUGCACCAGAAAUGAAACCUAGCACUGUCCCCCAGGGGUUCCUAGCUGCGGGGUCCCAGCUAAGGGUCUGAACUAGGAGAAUGUGUUGGCUCAGAUCAGUUUCUAGAAGAUGAGUGACAAAACAACUUUAUUGUAAAGCAGGUUUUCACUCUCUCUAUUGGCUUCCCCCCUACAUGCACCUCGUAGGCAUCGCAGGCUGCUGCUUAAAUUAGUCUCCAUUUUCUACUGCAGAGCAGAUUCCCUUUGUUGUGCAAUGAGAUCCUCCUUCCUUUAUCUCUCUUAUGUCCCUUGUUCCUCUGUCCCCUUGACAAGUUGAAGACCUUUUAGAUUGCCUACUCAUAAGCAGCUACAUACAAGUUUUUGAAGCUGUGCAGUGAGGGCUCGAGUUACAUGUGAACUUCUGACCUGAAUGUUGAAACGCUCCCUUCUCCCCAUGUGCACUUUCUUUCCCAUAAUGCUUUUGUCCAUAUCACCAAGCUCCUUUUAUAUUCUUGGAGUUGUGUAUUUCUCUUCAUAUUUUACCUAGAUCGUGGGGUGGGGUAGGAUGGGGAGGGGAACAAGUAUUAUCUCAUAGUCUUCAGGUUGGGGAUGUGGGGACCAGUAAGAGCGGAGUAGUUCUGCAUCCAGAGGAAUGAAUAAAAAUGGGAGGAUUUAAGACAAGUUACUAAUUUGUGCCUCAUCUCCCUGCCAAAAAUGUCAAUUUCCCAGCCCUGUUGAGAUGAGCAAUAGGAAAUGGAGCAAGACUCACCAUUAGUAGCGUAGAGGCUGUGGCACAUACCUGCAGAGCUGUGGUACCCAUAAAGCAAAAGAGCAGGGAGAUGGUGGCAGUGUAACAUAAGAUGAUGCUUUUAUAAGCUAGAGCUUUACUGAAGAUGUAUUUUCCAUUUGGGCAGUGAAAGGCAUUUGCUGCCUCAUAGCAGAACUCUUAAGCCAACACUUCUGUAUGAUAUAUACAUACAUAGGCAUAGGAAAAGUUGUGUUUAAUAAGAUAUUUUGUUAUAAAGCAAAGUUUUAUGAAGAUAUGGUUGUUUAUUAUUAGAAGCCUAUUUCUCCCCUUGACCUCCAGUUUAAGUAGGUUAUCUCUCAGUCGCUGCAAUGUCAGAGGUAAGUGACCGAUGAGGAUGCAAAAGUGUCUCUGACCUAAUUCUAUAGAGCAGUAAUUACCCAUAUGGGUAUGUUUAUGGCAUUGUAACUGGUAUUAAUGAGAUGCUGUACUAUUGACCAACAUCCUCAACACAAUUAAAUGUCUCGGUUUCAGAAAAGGAAGUAAACACCAUUAAAGAGUGGAAUGGGAUGUUAAAGAAGUGCCAAGUAUGUGCUUUGAAGUUUGUUCACCCACAGUUUAACCAGUCUGUGGAGGGACCAGUGCUGUCACUGUGCCAGCUCAGAAGAGUCAGUACUCAUGCUUUUAUUUACGGUGGACCUGGUGGGGACAGGAAGAGUGGAAAAGAGAACACCUACAGGUAUGCAAGGUGACAAGUGCCAUGGAGCUGACAGGGAUUUGGUGCUAGCACCCAAACCUGCUCCCCUGGUUUGUUCAGGUCAGUAAGUCGUGGUAUGAAUACCACUGCCUUGUCACUUUGUUAGGGGAAGGUUGUUUCGGGAUGAUGUUCUGAAGCAGUUCACAUUCUGCGUGGCUAGCAGAGCACUUGUGGGCUGGAAACCAACAAUCCUGGUUUGCUUCCCGCAUACAAAGAGUCGUGUCCAAAUCCAGGGACAGUUUAUGUGUCCAGAUGGUUGACUUUGAAAAGUAGGGCCAAAUGGCACACAACUGAUGUGGCAAAAUACCCCAGGUCGGCUUGCUUUCCUUUUGUAAUGCCUCCUGGGAAAAGAUCUUGUAUGUGUGCCGUGUUACUGCUAAGAGGGGACAGUGUCAGUGGGAAAGAGGGAGGCCUCUGAGCGAGAGAGGAGAUUUAGGGCUAAGGAUGGGUGCCGAGAAUCUGUGAGGGUCCUGAGCUAGCAGGAGGCUUGAUUUAAAUCAGUGUGAUGUCCUGAGGGGCUGUGACCUGGUGGUGUUGGCAUAUACCUGCUUUAGGAGAAGGUCCCUGGAUCUAUAUUACACAAUAGAUUUGCAGCCUUCUCUAGCUUUUGUUUCCUUCUAUCCGAGGGCUACUUUUGUCAAGAACUGUUUUGUUGUUCGUGCUAGUUCAUGCAUAGCAGUGGGCAAAGCACCUGCUUCGGGAGGAAUUAGGUGACAGCUAUAUACCAAAGUGUCGCACGGCUCCUUGUGUUGAGAUGAGAUGCUGUGCUGUUGUGUUUUUUUGGAUACAUUCCUAUUGACUAUCCAUGUUUUGACCAGAUGUUUCAUGCGGAUCGCUUAACCGGCGAUGUGAUGAAUAUGCAUGGCGUGACGACUGUCCUCUGCUUCCUCGCUGGGAUUUGUAACCCCCAUUACUGGGAGUUGCACACAUUCCGGUGGCAGAUAAUUGUGUGGCCCGUGGUGGCUCAGAGGAGCUGAGCCUAAUGGUGCUCGUUGCUUCUGGGGAUAGGCUCUUGGUUUGCCCUCGCCUCCGCGGGUCUGUAAUCUGAUGAAGGCGACUUGGCGGCUCUGCCUCCGUCGGUUGCUGUUCUUGCUUGUAAAUGAGAUUCUGUAGGUUCUGUUCGUGUAUGGAGUUGCAAAUGCAAACGAGGUGCUGAAAGCAGCCCAGGGGCUGAAAUAUGUAUUCCUGGCAGCUGUGCCUCCCUCAUUUGAAUGUGGCACUUCUGUAGGCGGUAGAGAGACGCCUUCCCCAGAGCAGCGUUCGAAGGGCUUUAGCCAUCUCGGGCCUUUGCCUCUGUGAUUGCUUUUCUGCAGUUACUGGAAACUUGAGCUGUAAUUUCAAUGUGAAGGUCUAUUCUUGCUCCCUAUUAAUGAUGCAUCCAUAUGUAAUUUUAAAGAAAAAGGAAGAACUCUUUAAGUCCAGCUUGUUUUUUACUCUGGUUUCUCUCACAGGGGAUAUACUUCCUGCUCCCACAGUUUGCCUUUGGUUUGCUCGCAGACUUAGCAGUGGAAUUCAGGCCAAAUAGGUAAUUGGUUUGGAUCAGUUCAAUAAACUUAUGUAAGUUUUUACACAAAACAAA